AUGCGCCGACGGCUAUGCUUCCUUGGCGGUCGGGUCAUGUGGCUGCAGGGGGCUGCAGGCUUCAGGCCUUUAGCGGACAGAUGCAUGUGCUCCAUUGCUGUAAUGCCUCAUUCGGCGAAGGUGAGCAUGACCACGGCUCUGCUUGCAGUGUCGACAUGGAUCUGUGCGGCUGUCCUCCUGAAUGACACCUUGGAGAUGUGCGGUGUUGCGGACGUGCGCUGCGCGCGCUCCAGCAGGCAGACUGCACCGUGUGGCACGCAAUGUGUGCUACUACAACACAUUAUGGAUGAGAAGCAUGUUGAGUCUGCCUAG